AUGAGGAUGUCUUCGGAGGGGCUAGGAUGUCUGGGCUGGGCCGUGGCCGACCUCGGCCACCCCCCGCGGGGGUGGGGCCGGCGCGCUGGCCUCCGCCCUGCCGAGCCGCGGGCGCGGCGCCGGGGGGCGCCCUGGCCGCAGGCGGCGGCGGCGCGCGGGCUGCCGCGCAGCGCGGGCCUGCCACUCCCGAAGAGCCCAGCCGGGCCGCGGGCCGGGUGCCGGAGGAGGCAGCAGUGUACCGUCUGCCAGCUGUCCUGGGAGCUCGCCGAGGGGGAGGAGGUGGAGACCUCGUGGGAGAUGCACGCGAGAGGCCGGACGCACCGCAAGAGGCUGGCAGCGCCGCGGGUCGGCCCGGCGGUGCAGGCGGGCAGCAGGGACCCGCCCUCCGGUUCGCUGGUGCACUUCUGGCCCUGGCCGGGGACGGACGGCGCGUUCGACGCGCUGGCGCGCGCCCUGGCCCUCAGGCUGUGCAGCGACGGCCCGCGCGGGCGGGGCCUCCCCGCGGAGGGGCCCCCGCACGGCGACGGCGCCGGCGGCGGCCCCCCCGCUGGGAGGGCCGUCGCCGUGCCGCGCCGCGAGCUCGCUCUCAAGGCGGGCUCCAUGCAGGACCAGAUGAGAAGGUGCGCGCAGCAGGCGGAGCACUUCGAGGACUCCGAGGCGCUGUGGGGCUACGUCGCCGCGAAGUUCGCGCUGCGCGCGGCCGUGGCCUUUGGCGCGCUGACCCGCGGCGCCCCGCCCGAGCUGCGGGGCCUGCUCGCCGGGGGCGGCGGCGUCGCCUCCCUGGGCGGGGGCCCGGGCGCGGAGCUUUUCGCGGCCGCCGUGGCGCGCGACGUCGCCGGGGGCCGGCCGGGGAGGCUGGCGGUGUACGAGUGGGUGGACGGUUGGCGGCCGAUGGUGGAGGCGCUGGGGCAGCUGCUCGAGGAGCAGAUCGAGUACCACCACUGCGACGUGUCGAAGCCCCUGUGCGACCCGGCGAACAGUGCGCUGAGAGGAGAACCCUGGGGGGCUUCAGCCUGCUGAUCUUCUCCCACGUGCUGCUCGAGUGUGGCAGGGGCGGCGUCGCCCCGGUGGACCUCAGAGGAGGAAAACGCAUCCGUACCUCUACCCCGUCCUCGUUCUCUCCUUUUGGGGCCUCCUCGGAGGCCCUCGUCGCCACACCGCUGCAUUCGCCCCGGAACUCUCGUCAGCGCGCACGCCGGGAGAGGUCCAGGGAGUGGCGGUACCAGUACUUUGCGGUUUCCCCAGGACCUGCUGCGGGGCAUCUGGGCCGAGUUCCCAGGGGUGAGCCACAUCCUCGUCCUGGACGCGGGGCAGGCGCGCGGACGCGGCUGCAAGGACCGCCCGCUGGCCGGCUCGCUGCGCGACGUCGAGGCCCUGGCCGCCGACCUCGGCGCGCGGCUGCUGCGCGUGCAGGGCACGAAGCGCACCGACGGGGUGCUGCUCUGCAGGGGCGGCGCGGGGCCUCCGCGCGCCUCCGCGGCGAGCGCCGAA